AUGACAAGAAAGAAGGUGAAACUUGCUUGGAUAGCCAAUGAUAGUGCUAGAAGAGCCAGCCUCAAGAAAAGAAGGUUAGGCUUGGUGAAGAAAGUCCGUGAGCUGAGCACUCUAUGUGGUACCAAAGCUUGUCUUAUCAUCUAUAGCCCGGACGAAAGCGAGCCAUUGGUGUGGCCAUCACACUCCGAGGUGCAAGAACAGAUUGGAGAGUUCCACAACAUGCCCGAGUUGGAACGGAUGAAGAAAAUGAUGAACCAAGAAACCUAUCUCAGAGAGAGGGUUACCAAGGUGGAAGAGCAACUGAGGAAGAUCCAAAGGAGAAACAAAGAAGUUGAGAUGGGCAGUCUCAUGUAUCAAAUCGAUCAAGGCAAGGGGCUUGAUGAACUUAACCUUGUCGAACUGCAUGGAUUGACUUGGUUGGUGGAAGAGAAGAUGAAGGAGAUAAAUAAACGUAUUGAAUUUUUUCAACAAGUUCCUUUUGCACAACCAGCAGGCCACCCUCAUGGAGAUCUUCCUCUCCAAGGCCCUGAGGAUGAUCUGACCGCCCGACUUGGCGGCGGCAGUGCUGGCUUUCAAGGAGAUAACGGGAGGAUUACAGCCGAAUCAUUGCUCUGGGAUCAAUGGUUCAUCGAUAUGAUUAACAACAAUGAAUUCAAAUCUGCUGCUGGCAGCAGUAGCAUAAGGGGUGAUAUGGGCUUACCAUAUCAGCCAUUUGCUGGUCUUGCUGCAGAAGACCUUGGGUUGCCAAGACAACCAUUUGUUGGCAGCUCGAGUGCUGACAUAGGGCUGCCCCAAUAUGGGAAUUUCGGAGGCCCCACCACUGAUAUGGGGCUGCCUCCUCUGGCUUUUAGACCCCACGGUGGUGCAAGUGAUAUGGGGCUGAAUCAUGGGAAUGUUGGAGGCAGCACUUUUGGCACUUUUGGGAGUGAAAUAGGGCAGGGACUGUAUCCUUUCUCCACUGGGAGUGAGUUAGGGCUUCCUUUUGGGCCUUUCGGAGGCGCCAGCAGCACCGGCGCUGGCAGUGAUAUUGGACUGCCUUUAGAUGGAAAAACCUGGCCGCCAAACAAUUUCUCUCCCUAA